CUAGCACGAGGCCCAAGGGUGGGAGCUGGUGCCUGGAGUGGGGGUCGUCUAGGGCUUAUCCUCAGGUCCCGUGGGUGAGGCGGCGAGUCGGACCGGAGUCAAGAGCAUGUUCUGGUGAGCUAGCGGGCUUCUCUGGGGGUGCCCAGCGCGCUCCGGGAGCCUGCCUGUUUUGGGGUGUCUCCUCCCGGGGCGCCAUGGCGGCACUGGCCAGCAGCCUGAUCCGGCAGAAGCGGGAGGUCCACGAGCCCGGGGGCAGCCGGCCCGUGUCGGCGCAGCGGCGCGUGUGUCCCCGCGGCACCAAGUCCCUUUGCCAGAAGCAGCUCCUCAUCCUGCUGUCCAAGGUGCGACUGUGCGGGGGGUGGCCCGCGCGGCCGGACCGCUGCCCGGAGCCUCAGCUCAAAGGCAUCGUCUCCAAACUGUUCUGCCGCCAGGGUUUCUACCUCCAGGCGAAUCCCGACGGGAGCAUCCAGGGCACGCCAGAGGACACCAGCUCUUUCACCCACUUCAACCUGAUCCCUGUGGGGCUCCGUGUAGUCACCAUCCAGAGUGCCAAGCUGGGUCACUACAUGGCCAUGAACGCUGAGGGGCUGCUCUACAGCUCGCCACAUUUCACAGCUGAGUGUCGCUUUAAGGAGUGCGUCUUUGAGAAUUACUAUGUCCUGUACGCCUCUGCUCUCUAUCGCCAGCGUCGUUCUGGCCGGGCCUGGUACCUGGGCCUGGACAAGGAGGGCCGAGUCAUGAAGGGAAAUCGAGUCAAGAAGACCAAGGCAGCUGCCCACUUUGUGCCCAAGCUCCUGGAGGUGGCUGUAUACCGGGAGCCUUCUCUCCACAGUGUCCCUGAGGCCUCCCCUUCCAGUCCCCCUGCCCCCUGCCAUGUAGUCCCCGGACUGGAGGCUCCCUGCACUCGCCACCACCACAGCCUGUCUCCCAGCCCUGCUUCCGGCCCUGCUCUCACCCCUGCUGCCACACUCAUGCCCUGAGCAGCCAGGUCCCACCAGGUGCUCUACCCCGAGGGAGCCUAGGGGCCGGCCGUGACUUCUGGGGCUGCUGAGACCCUUAGAUCCUUGGGCCCGGGAAAGGGGUCAGAGAGGGGGAAUGUCUGAAAAUGGUCCUGGCUGAUCACUUCUUUCCUUCCACACUCACACCCUCCAAAGCCUUUACCCGAGAUGGCGCGGGGGGUUCCAAAACGUACAAAACCAAGGCAUAAAUCUUCCCCACCCCGGGCUCAGCCAGUUCCUGGAGCCCUUUGCCCUUUUCAUGGCCACCAAGCCAUAGAUUUAUAGGUCCACUGGAGCUCAGGAUUAGUUUCCUUCUUUCCCUACUCCACCUUUUGCCUUGUUCCAGACAGGUUCUGGAAUACCAGGCUCCACAGCCAGGGCCAUUUCUGCACUCAGGUUCUGUGCUGGAACACAGGCACGCUGCCAGCCUCUGUUCUGGAUCCAUCAGGCUUCUGUCCUUCACCCAGGUGGACCCCUGGUUUCCAAGUAGAGAGAGGCUGGAUUUGGGCCCUGUCCAGCUGUUGGUCUUGGCCUGAAUUGGGCCAGUCUCAGAUCACCACAGGUUUAACUUUCUUACCCCAGAGACACCCAAUUCUAGAGCGUGGUGUUCUAGACACAUAUGGAGCCAUACUUCCUUCUGAAUCUCAGCUCUAGGACAUAGACCACGACUCUCAGCCCUUCCCUCUAGGAUGGAACUAGAGCCUAUAUAGCCAUGUUAUUGCUCUAGAGUAAGAAUUCUAGAGCCACGCUCCCACCUUCUCUAGUGAUACCUGUUAAGCAGGAGCUCUGGAAAGGACCCAGCUAUGAUUCACCAAGAACUAAGUUCUGGACGGAUCAAGAACCACUUCUUGUUUUCCCUAGACAAUUUUCCAAAAAUCUUAUUCUUCCUAUAGAAUGCUAACCUUAUUUUUUACAUGCAGUUUCUAGCUCCUGCAACUCAGCUGGGGUCCUGCCAGUGAACAGAGGCUGAGGAAGGGCAGAGGAGCUUUGGAAGGAAUCCCUGGCUCAUAGAAGGGCAGCUAGGAUGGGAAAGUGGCCAGAACCAUAGCAUGACUGGACCUGUGCCUGGGCUGGGGGGACAUGAACACUUAGCUACCUCAGCAGGAAUUCCUUCCAGGUCCCCUUUAAAGCUGAGGUCUUUAGGGUAAUGAGUCUAGAAUAAAAAAGACAAAUGGGACAUAGCUUUGACCCCCCCCAAAUGAGGAGACCCCAAUUCAGCAAUAAGUCCCACCCUUCUCCCCUACAGGUCAGGCCAAGGAGGGUGAGGGCCUCUUGGUCUCUAGACCUCAUACAGCCCUCCAGCUUCUAACUGAAUAGAACUUGCUUUACCUCAGCUGGGAGUUAGGUACCCAAAAAGGCUCUGCUCCCAGGGGACCGGUCUCCACUCCAUGCUUUCUCAAUUAAA